GAUGGCCGCGGAACGUCGCGGCGGUGAACGUCUCGGCAUCGUCGACGAGAGCGCGUGAUCCUUGGAACCUUUUUUUUUUCUCUUCUUCCCGCGAUAAUCCGACCGCCGCGCGUCCCUCGGCGUCGACCUCGCCGAGGCCCGUCCGCGCCCCCUCCCCGCCCCGCGACGGCGCCGCUGGUGGAGAGCCGCGAAAAAAAUGGCGUCCCGCGACACUAGCUGAUUCCCGCGGGCGCCUCCGAUGUGUCAGCGAGGAGGAUGACGAUUCCUCGUACUCUCCGGCGUUCUUGCCCGUGACCGACGUGAGUCCCAGCAGGCGGGUACGUUUGGCGGAGAGCUCGCUGUUAACGCUGAAAAUGCCACCUGUCUUACCUUGGAUAACGAGCAGCAAGGAUAGAAUGGCUGCGUCUGGCUGAAAAAGCUGCUUUGCAGCAGUUGCAAGGAUUGUCAAUAUGACUCCUGAAUUGAACCGGAAGCGCGGCUCGUCUGUCAGCUUCACCCGGGCGAAGGACGACAGCGAGGAUGCCGAGGACGAGAUUCACAUAUCUCUGGCACCGUACAUACAAACGUAUCUGGCGCACAGCGGCCAGGGACUGGGGUGCUGCGGUGUCAGUUUACCCGUGCCGUUCGAGCGCGCGGCACCGCGUUCCUGGUGGAAUCCCAGAUUCGACUCGGAGAUCCUUGAGGAGCAGUUUAGGAGAAGUGCCUUUCCUCAAAUUAGAUUAAGAUUUCGGUACGCUCUCACGUAUAUCUUGCUAGUGUCCUUAUCGUGGCUGGUGUAUUUUGUGAUAAUCGGAAUAGAGAACGAUACGUCGACGUGGACGGCGUUGGCGGGUGUUUUCGGCAUCGUCGGCGUCCUGGCCUCGGCAGUCCUUUAUUUAACACACACGGACUAUUACAAAUCCUACGUGCUACCAAUUUCCCUGGGAGCCGCGGCGACGCUCUGCCUCCUGUCCCUACUCUUCCUCGCCCUGGUGCCGCCCCACGUGGACGGGCUGACUCUGGUCGGACACUUCGCCCUGUGCUCCGAGAUCUUAUUAGUCAUUUACACAGUGCUGCCGAUGCCGCUCUACGCCUGCGUGGGCAUAUCCACGCUGUACUCAUUCAUGUUCGAGUUCCUGACCGCCUAUCUGUACGGCUGGAAGGACGCGCGCCAGAGAUUUUACACGGGCGAACGAAUUGUACAAAAUGAUACUUCAGGAAUUAAUCGUAUGGCGGCGGGGGGAGAACGAACGUUGGUACUUACGCACUCGUCUCUAAGGGAUCCUCUAAAUGUUGCUGGUCUACAGAAUGUGAUACGUAAUAUUAGUGAUUUUACUACGGCAAUUAGUGCAGAGGCGAUGUCGAGAUUGCGCCAGGGCAGAGACACAAUGAAUGCGGGAGCGAGAUACUCAGAGACGGUGGCUCAACGAUUGCACAGCGCCCUGAGCGACACGAAUGUUUUAACGAGAUUAAACCCUAGCGUCCCAUCCGUGAUAACCGCUGUUAAUUCCACCGUGAAUUCGUCGCCUAUAGAUAAUUACGCUAACUUAUUCGCCGAUGAUAUUGACUUCUCCACGAAUCUCGCGAUAAGGAUCUUGAUGCAGAUUUGCAUUCAUUUGAUAGGCGUGCAUAUUUUGAUAAUGACCUUCGUGAGAAUGCGCGGCACGUUUAUGAAGGUCGGCCAGUCCCUGCUGGUACGUCGACAGCUGGAGAUGGAGAAGCAGCUCAAGGAGAAGAUGAUACACUCCGUUAUGCCGCCGAAGGUCGCGGAUUGGCUCAUGGAGGAGAGCGAGCGCGAGAGGGAGCGCGAGGACUCGCUGAAGAAGGGCUCGAUACCGUCCAACAACACCGACAUUCGCUCGUUGUUUCGACCGUUCAACAUGCUCUCGAUGGAGGACGUCAGUAUCCUGUUCGCCGACAUCGUCGGAUUCACCAGGAUGAGCUCGAAUAAGACCGCGGAGGAAUUGGUGGGCAUCCUGAACGACCUGUUCGAACGUUUCGACGAUCUGUGCGAGCAUCACGGUUGCGAGAAGAUAUCCACGCUGGGAGACUGCUACUAUUGCGUAAGCGGAUGUCCGGAACCGAGGUCCGACCAUGCCAAAUGUUGCAUCGAAAUGGGGCUAGCUAUGAUCGAAGCCAUCAAGCAAUUCGACGUCGAAAGACGCGAGGGCGUGAAUAUGAGAGUGGGUGUGCACACUGGCACCGUGCUGUGUGGGAUCGUGGGCACGAAGAGAUUCAAGUUCGACGUUUGGUCGAACGACGUGACUCUGGCGAACAAGCUGGAGAGCACGGGAAAGCCCGGCCGUGUACAUCUGAGUGAGAACACUUUGAGAUUUCUGGGAGAUCAGUACAUUACGGAAAUUGGAGAAGUGGUCAAUGGUGUAAAAACUUACUUCAUUCGAGCCCGUAAGUCGGACUUUGUGAAUCAAUUUAUUACGAACGUCACGUCACCCAAGAGUAUCUCGCCGUUGAUGCAAUCGCGGAAUCGUCUGGCGUCGUGCAACACUCAGGCCAAACCGCGCUAUCACUAUCUCCACAUGGUCACGAACGCGAGCAAUUACAGGAUGAAGGCUAAUUCGUUGCCCAGUAUCUUGGACUCCGAGAACGACGGCAUCGCGGACGAGAAGGAGGACUCGAACAAGAGUCCGACGUCCACCGCUAGUUACGGCAAGAGAAAAGUGCGGAAUAAGCCGUGGCGAUACCUGCAGAGACAGCGGACGACCGAGGAAAUGACGCCACUGGAGAUCGAGGAGGGAAGGAAUAUCGCUAUGGAACGAGCGAAACCCGAUGCUCAGGCGUACGAAGAAUGCAAUGGAUUUAGGCGGGUUCCUGUGAACAAUGGCGUUGAAAUGGACCCGAAUCCUGUACCUUCUAGUCCUUUAUUAUCUGGUCAAGAGCCGAUUAGUAACGCUUCUUCCAUUUGCAGUAGAAAAGACUCCGGCAUCAAGAGCAAUAGCAGGCGAAGUAGUAUACAACAGCAGUUGUUCCUAAUGAAUGGCAUGACCCAAGGUGAUCUAUUGGGGCACAGGGUCAGUGGCUAUUACACCUCUAGCUCAACGUUAAACUCCACUCACGAACCCUCGUCGUCGGUGCCGCCUUAUCCGUUCCCUCCGAUGGUAACUGACACAUUCGGCGCGUGCUUUCAUAAAUUACGCAAGCAAUCCGAUCUCCAGUUAAUUAGGUGCGUGCAAGACAACGUGAGCUCUCAGCGUUCAUACUUUGUCAAACCGCCACUGUCGAGCGUCACUCUCUUCUUCAAGAACAAGGAAAUGGAGAAGGAGUACCGAGAGAACGCGCACAAGGCCAGCGAGGGUAUGGGCGGUAACCCGCCCACCCUGGCCACCUCGAGAUUCAACACGUACUUCGACAUUUUGAUAUCCGCCCUGGUUUACACGGCCAUCACAAUCUCGUUGUUUCUUCUGUGCAAACCGACGGUUUAUUACACGGCGUUCUCCGUGCUCGCAACCGCCGUGCAGGUGAUCGCGGUGUCCCUCUGCAUCCGUCAGCUGCUCUACCCGAACACGGCCCACGCGACGUUCACGCAGAGAAUCUUCAAGUUUUUCUCCCGCUGGUACCCGUGGCACGUGUGCGGCGCGGUCCUGGUCGGCCUGCCGAUCAUCUCCAUCCUGCUGAGCCUCACGUGCAACAGCUCUCGGAGCCUCAACAACUUUGAAUAUUACUACAGCUACUUGAUCUUCGUCGGACUGGUCCACUUCUGCAACUUCACGCAGCUCAAUUGUUGGAUGAAAAAUCUGCUGGUCACACUUACCGGCAUACUGUUCAUAUGUCUCGUGGUGAGCCACGUAUCGCCGUACCGCCAGGAGAAUCUCGGUGGCAACAAUCGUGUCAACGACUCGCAGCUGAUGCAGUUAGGCGCGCUGCAUCCGAAUUUUGUCAAAUCGCUCGCGAGCGAACUGAACGGCACGAGAGAUUUCCUCGCCGCUGCCGCUUCGACGAGAACGCAAUCGCCGGUUACGGGAUACACGGGAGGACAAGAAGCGUCGCCUCGCGUGCCACCUCGUACCAAGUACAACGAGAGAUUGUACAAUUCGGAGAUAUAUUUGGACAUGGUGCUGCUAUUGCUGCUGGUCUGGUUCCUGAACCGCGAGUUCGAGAUCAGCUAUCGGCUGUGCUUCCACGGCAACGCGGUGGCGGCGCGCGACAAGACGCGCGUGCAGUCGAUGAAGAAUCAGGCCGACUGGCUGCUGCACAACAUCAUACCCAAGUACGUGGCCGAUCAGCUGAAGACCACCGCCAAGUACUCGCAGAAUCACAAGUCCGUGGGCAUUAUCUUCGCCAGUAUCGUUAACUUCAACGAGCUGUACGACGAAUCGUAUCUGGGCGGCAAGGAGUACCUGCGCGUGCUCAACGAGCUCAUAGGCGACUUCGACGAGCUGCUGGAGAGGCCGGAGUACGCGAACGUCGAGAAGAUCAAGACGAUCGGCAGCACCUUCAUGGCCGCGAGCGGCCUGAAUCCGCAGGUGAGGCAGCAGAGCGAGCACGAGUACACGCAUCUGUUCCAGCUGCUGGACUUCGCCGUGGCGAUGCACAAAGUGAUAUACGACUUCAACCGGGACCUGCUGGGCUUCAAGCUGAUCCUGCGAAUCGGCUUCAACUACGGCGACGUCACGGCCGGCGUCAUCGGCGCUACCAAGUUGUAUUAUGAUAUCUGGGGCGACGCGGUCAACAUAGCGUCGCGAAUGGACUCCACCGGGGUCGCCGGUAGGAUACAGAUGGCCAGCAAUUGUUUGGACGUCCUGUCGGAACGAUACGAGUUCGAGCCGCGCGGACAGGUGUACGUCAAGGGCAAGGAUAACAUGGACGUGUUCCUGUUGAGAGGCAAGAGGAACGCCGAUACGACCGGCACUUGAAGACUCGGCGUCGAUCGUACCGGUGUCUUCGUACGUGACGACCAUACGUCGAUAAUCUGACGCUAUUCGCGGCCUGCAGCAAUCGUGACAUUCAGAUUAGAUCUGUCCAUUAGCAUUCGGACAUUUUUCAUGAUUUAACAUCUUGUAAUUUGAGCUUUCGGACGGUAAGCGAGCCGAGUUGGAACGGGUAAUCUCUUCGCCUUUUAUUUACAGUUACUCUACACUUUGUGCAUUGUUAUAUCAAUAUUCGAUACUGAUCGUUUUCUCCUUUUUUUUAUACGUUGAUAAAUAUUUGAUGAAAAUAAAACUCGAUAUGACUGAAAGCCAAAGGGAGAAGGGACUUUACGGUGAGAUUUACAAAUACUUGGUACAAAUCGAUCGUUCGGUCUGCAUACUAUCCCGAAAUUCAAAUUUGUUUUAACGUAAGACCUGAAAAACGUCUGGAUAUUGACGAUGGAUAGAUCUAACAGUCGACUCAACUCGUGUCGUUGAUUAGGGAGACGCGUGCGUCCGAAAACGGGUGAGGAGCAAACGGAAUAGAACAAUAUAUCUUUUUCGCGAUGCGCAGCGGUCACCGCGUGUACUGCUGAAAACGAAAAACGUUACGAAGCCUUAUUCGUUGACUGCUCAAACUCUAUUAGCGAGAACUAUUUAUUAACAAGAGAUAUUACUGUAUUUUUGUAAAAAUAUCGAACGAUAUUUAGCGGGAGAAAAAGAUAUAUCGUGAGAAAUUAUCCGAGAUCUGCCUUUGCCUCGAGUACAAAACUGAAUCAGUGGCGAGGGAAUCUUUUUUAGAAGCGUUUUACGUUAUCGAGCAUCGAAGAGAACGGUAAUUAUUUGUGCAUAUGUGUAUAUAGAUGCCACGAGUAAAUUUUUGCACGAAUGUAUAUGCAUGUAAACUUGAACGUCGAAUUUUUAGAUGCAACUGAUGCCUGUUUCCUAAGUCGAGUCAGGAAAAGGUCAUUCUUCUCGAUCGGGCAAUCGAAUGGCAGUGAAACGCUCGUGCAAUUACUUGGAGGAGUCGAUGGAAGUUGAUACGUGUGGCAUUUUAUCCUAUUCGAUAUUCUAACGAUAAGAGCAACAGCGAAGUGCGUCCGACGCGAUAAAAGUUCAACGAAACUCGAUUACCCCGUUACUUGUGAGUUAAAUAAAUUUUUUUAAGUAAUAUACUAAAAAAAUGUGAGUUUACACAGUCUCUUGUCUUCCUGUCUGAUAUAUCGUGAUGCGUCACAUACAAAAUGAAUGUAAGACAAAACGUUAGAAGCGUCGCUUGGAACUCGAUCUACGCUAGAACAGAUAGAAACGAACGAAUUAGUAAAAUUUUUACCUUAGAAAUUUUUAUCUCUUAGAUUACGAGCAGUGAAAAAUAAUUUUACCAAAGAACAAUAACUAACGAUUCAGGCCGCGGACGUGUGCAUAUGUAAACGUAGACUAUGCUUAAAGUAUGUUGUAGGAAAUAAUUAAUACGUGCGUGGAAUAUAAAAAUUUUAAUUUACACACAUUCCAAAACGUAGCUCGCGGACACGAAUUAACGACUAACACAAUAAAGUGCUUCUUGUCGCCGUUAAGCAAACAUCUCCUUGUUAUAUAUUUGAACAUAAAAAAUUGCUACGUCGGAUUCCAAAGAGUAUCUUGUUGCAUUUUCUUUUUAAUCUCGAUGACAAGUGACACCGCGUUCGAUGGGAUUUGUGCUAUGUAGAAGAUAGCAUGUGUGUGCGUGUGUGUGCGUGUAUGCGUGUGUAUUUACAUAUAUAUAUACAUAUAUAUAUUUGUAUUUAUAUAUGUACAGAAUUUUGAGAAUUUUCUGCGAAAGUCUACGUCAACAUGAGAUGCUAGGCGUUUGCCUUUAUGGAAAUGAUACGCAGUGCGAGCAUAAUACGAUAAAUGGUCUGGAUCAUAACCGUCGUUGUAUAUUCGGCAUGUAAUACGCUCGACAUAAGAAUUGUGGUCUUGAUAAGCAGCGUUUAACUCAACGGAAAUACUUGUUCCACGUGAAAGUAAUAAUGUCAAUAAUUUAUGUAUAACGAAAGAGGGACCUGAACGCCGGUUCCUCCAAGCCCUGUAAAUAUAAAUGCUGUAACAUAUUUGUGACCUGUGUAUGAUUUUCAUUUGGAUGUUAUUACUUCGGUGGGUGAACCGGAGAGUCGCGAUAUUGUAGCUUUACUAUCACUUCGAUUUGACGUUUAUCGCGCGAGGCUUACGCCGAGAAAUUUCUACGAUUACAGUCAAUUAUAGAUUUUGCGUUCGAACGUACGAUCGAAGAUAACAAUUCGUAUCGCGAAAGCGCGCUCGCAAACACUACGAUUUGUACAUACGUUAACGCUCGCCGAUCUGUGGGAUGGAAGGGAUACGUUAUGAGAUAUCAAAUAAAAUGUAUUGCAAACCGUAUAUACAUAUAUUUACCGAGCGUACACAAGUUCUACGGACAACGAGGCAUAGAGACUCCAGGCUACAUUAACGUACAUAUAAUUAUUGUCAAUGCAAUUUCUUUAUUACAAUACAAUAUAUACAAGAUUAUACCGUUGAUUUCACUAUAGCUGAUGUACAAAAACGGGCGAGGAUUCUCUUUCUCGCCUGGCAUAAAUUGUUGGAACAUUUAAUACAUGUUAUAACAAGGCGUGAUGUGUGUGAUUGAUAUAUAUAUGUGUAUAUAUAAAUAUAUAUAAUAUACAAUAUAUAUUAUAUAAUUUAUAUAUGUGCAUAUAUACAUUAUAUGUUGUAUAUAAACGUAUAUAAACAAUCGUGAAGUCAUUUGGGUAAUUUCACAACAUUUUCAGUUGAAUGUAUGAAUGUACGAUAUGAUUUAAAUUGUCACGUUGUAAAAGUCAAACUUAAGCCGGUAAUAAAGGAUUUUCAAAAAAUGGUAUCAUUGCAGGUUCAGUAACUUUUGCAACUCGAUAAAGAUCAAAAGCAUUCGGUAGUAAAACAAGCAGACUUUUUGCAAUACCGGAAUAGCUCCAUGUAAUUAUUACUAUUGAUUGUUGUGAUGUACAUAUAGACUUUGUUGGUGAUUUGUUCAUGUCAUAUUGCAUUCACAAUCCUUGAAAAAGGAGAUAAAUAUGAGACACUUCGUAUAUGACACGUUGUGAAAAAUUGGCAAUGUGAUACGCUUUUUCGAUGUAUAUACGGUGUAUACAUGCGUAUAUCAGGUGUUCCCAUUGUAAAGAGUUUGAUCAUCUCAUGGAAGAAUACAACAAAAAAGAAACACGUUGUAUUAGUCUUGUUUUUUCCGUCGCCGAUGUUUCAUCGAUAAAAAAAUUAAAUGCUUCUGUGAGUGGGCACUUUCCAUCACGUUAUGAGCGACAGAAUCUUUUUCUUUCUCGUCAAUCAUACAAACCAGUAACUACUCUUCUCACACAGUCUACCGAUCGCAUAUUUGUUCCUAAAAGCGCAGUGGAAUGCUUGAGAAAGUAGUGUGGACUACUCAUGCAAGAAUUUGCGAUUUAUCGAAUUUAAAACUCGUCGUUGUGCGGACAGAGAAAAAAA